GACAAUAUUUGCGCCAGAACGGAUUUGAACCCUUCCUGAUUUCAAGGUGGAGAUAGCCUUCAUCUCUAGCAGCCUUCGAGACCCUUUAUAACUGGGCUCCCGGUACCUUGGUGAUCAUGUCGGCUCAUUGCUUCAUCCUUCCUGCACUCGUUCAUUUUCCUGCCUUGUCACUCUUUUCUCCGCGACCGGUUCGCUUCAACCCUUACGUUCUUUAACAAAGUCCUUCAUAUAUACCAAUCACCAUGCGCUACUCCUCCGUCGCUGUCCCUUUGGCCCUCGCUGCCCGCGCCGCUGCCGUCGAGAGUGAUGUCUGGGCCUUCGGAAACGGCUUCUACACCGGUCCUCCCACCAACGCGCACAUCACCAGAGCCACCUGGUCCUUGGUGCCCCCGGAUGUUCCCUCGAACUACACCGUGAACAACACUGACGAUGAGGUCUGGGUCUCCCUGUGGAUUGGUCUCUCCUCCACCGCUGGUGACUAUGACGCCGAUCUCUACCAGCCCCUGCUGAACUGGUCCCCCGACAACGAGUCCCAGGGCUGCCCCGCCCCGGAUGACGAAUGGUGUGUUGCUGCUAGCACGUACACUCCUGAUGGUCAGAAUGGCCAGGCCUACGUGACUGUCCCCGCGGACACCCAGGUCGACUUUGAGGUCUACGUCGAAAACGACAAGGUCUACCAGGUCGUCACCAUGAACGGCAAGACCGUGUCCAAGGAGAGUGACGCCCUCGACAACCCCCUCCUCUACCUCUACUCCGGAGACGAGUGCUACACCGGCUCCGGUGACUGCGGUACCCUCCAGUCCUACAGCUGGAACAACCUCACCAUCCACCUCAGCGCCGCCGACGAGAACUUCGGUGACACCCUGUCCCUGUACAGUGGUUCCUCCUCCAACGGCCUCACCACCUCCGACAAGGGCAAGACCUGGCACACCGAUGCUAUCAAGAUCUCCAAGGACACUUUCGCCACUGUUUCCGACUACUAG